AUGUCUUCCGCAUCGAAAAUCUCCCUCGCCGCAACAUCCUUCUUCGCCGCCGGCGUCAUUGUAUUCGUCCACUUCCAGCAAAAAGCUGAACAAGCCGCGAUGCAUGCGGGCGUUGUCCGUGACAUGGAGCAGCAGCGAAUCAAACGAGAGCGUCAACUGGACUUUGACAUGCAGCGCGCUUUGGAGGAGGAGUACAAGCGUGAGCAAAGCGUUCACAGCUCACUAGAACCUCUGAACAAAGCCCCUGCCCCUUCGAGGUAA